GAUUUUACCUUCCUCUUUUUUCCUCAUUUUUUUUAUUCACUGUACUGUCUUGUGUAUCAGGGAGCCCCAUUAGCUGUGUUACAAGAUUUGGAGACACUUCUGCUAAAAAAUUCUCAAGUGGAGGAAAGUGAAGUACGUUUUUGUGCCAUAAGAUGGGCAACAUCUUUGUUUGAUCUGCAACAUUGUCCAAGUCGCUUUAUUUGUAUGCUUGGAGCAGCAGAUGCUAAAUUAGAUAUCAGAGAAAUGGCCCACACGAAGAAGUUUCCUCUUAGAACAAAACUUGUUUUUCCUUCAAAAUACAGUAGUGUGGCCAUCAUGAUUAAAUUUUUAUUGAAGUGCUUCUUUGAGACAGAGUUGGAGCAGAGAACAAAUCAUUUAGAAGGGCAUCUGAAAUUGUGGUCAUCAGUGAAGACAUUCUGUUUAGUCCUGGAGCAUUCUAUGUCAUUGAAGGGCUCUGUUGAGUUGAUGUCAAAUGCUUCCAAGGCAAUGCUUAUAGUUGGAUCACAUUGCCAGUGGCACAAUACGAGGUUUGAAAAACUCAGCACGGUGCUCUUUGCUCUUGAAUUAGGAUAUGUGCUGCAACAUUAUUAUCAAGAACACCUGUGGGAACAAUAUUGCUUUCAGUCCAAUAUUGGGGGGAAUUGGAAAAGAUUAACUCUGCAGAUGGAAUUUUUGAAUUGUUAUGAUAAAUUGAACAAGCUUCUCUUGGGUCAUGAUAUUAAAGCAAUACAGAAGAUUGUUAUAUCUAUUGGACAUAUGUGUGUGAAAGAAACAUCAUCUACUCAGCUCGAUAUGGCCCUAAAUUUGAUUUUCAGUUUUCGUCGAUCCAAGGUUGAGGAUAUUCUCUUUGCUGCAGGGGAGGCCCUGUCUUUUAUGUGGGGUGGUGUUCCUUUCAAUGCUGAUAUUCUUCAAACUAACUAUACUUCGUUGUCGAUGGCUUCAAAUUUUUUGAUGGGAGAUUUAAGGACUUCGGUGUCUAAGAAGAGUUAUAACGAACAAAGUGAUAGUGGGUAUUAUCAUGCUUCUGUGAGAGAUGCAAAUUUACCAAAAAAACUCUUUGAUGUUCUUUUAUAUAGUACCAGGAAAGAAGAGAGAUGUGCUGGAACUGUUUGGCUUGUUUCACUUAUAAAGUACUGCAGCCAUCAUCCUGCUAUUCAGCAAAUGCUUCCAGAAAUUCAGGAGGCUUUUUCUCACCUUCUUGGUGAACAAAAUGAACUCACACAAGAGUUGGCUUCUCAAGGCAUGAGUAUUGUGUAUGACAUUGGUGAUGAAUCAAUGAAAAAGAAUUUGGUGAAUGCACUUGUGAGUACAUUGACUGGGUCAGGGAAACGGAAAAGAGCUGUCAAACUUGUUGAAGAUACUGAAGUUAGUGGAGGAAAAUUGAACACUUAUAAGGAGUUGUGUAACUUAGCUAAUGAGAUGGGCAACCGGGACUUGAUUAUAAGUUUCAUGGAUUUAGCAAAUUAUCAAGCUUCUCUGAAUUCAAAGAGGGGUGCUGCUUUUGGCUUUUCUAAAAUAGCAAAACAAGCAGGGGAUGUUCUUCAGCCAUAUUUACGUUCUUUAAUUCCAAGGCUUGUACGCUACCAAUAUGAUCCGGACAAAAAUGUGCAGGAUGCAAUGGUACAUAUAUGGAAGUCACUAGUGGAUGAUUCAAAAAAAACCAUUGAUGACAAUUUAGAUAUCAUAAUUGAAGAUUUAUUAGAACAAUGUGGAUCCAGGCUUUGGCGGUCGCGUGAGGCAUCGUGUCUUGCCCUUACAGACAUUAUUCAAGGACGGAAAUUUAAUGAGGUUGGGAAGCAUUUAAAGAGAUUGUGGUCUGGAGCAUUUCGUGCAAUGGAUGACAUAAAGGAAACUGUCAGAAUUUCAGGUGAAAAGCUAUGCCGUGGUGUAGCUUCCUUGACAACAAGGCUCUGUGAUGUUUCUCUAACUGAAAUGUCAGAUGCACACAAAGCAAUGGAUAUUGUUUUACCCUUUUUGCUCACAGAAGGUAUCCUAAGUAAAGUUGACAGUGUGCGCAAGGCAUCAAUUGGAGUUGUUAUGAAGCUUACGAAGCAUGCUGGAACUGCAAUUCGUCCACAUAUGUCUGAUUUAGUGUGCUGCAUGCUUGAAAGUUUAUCAAGCCUAGAAGAUCAAUCGCUCAAUUAUGUCGAGCUUCAUGCAGCAAAUGUAGGAAUACAGUCAGACAAGCUUGAAAGUUUGAGAAUUUCCAUGGCCAAAGGCUCUCCUAUGUGGGAGACUUUAGAUUCAUGCAUAAAAGUUGUUGAUGCAGAAUCAUUAAACACAUUGAUCCCACGGCUUGCUCAUUUAGUGCGAUCUGGUGUGGGCCUCAAUACUAGGGUUGGUGUUGCCAAUUUCAUUACGCUGUUGCUUGAAAGUGUUGGUGUUGACAUCAAGCCAUAUGCAAAUAUGUUGGUGAGAUUGUUGUUUCCAGUUGUUAAGGAGGAAAAAAGUACUGCUGCAAAACGUGCGUUUGCAAGUGCUUGUGCAAAAAUCUUAAAGUAUACACCGGCCUCACAAGCACAAAAGCUUAUCGAAGAUACUGCGGCUCUGCACGCUGGUGACAAGAAUUCUCAAAUUGCAUGUGCAUUUCUCUUAAAGAGCUAUUCAUCCAUGGCAGCUGAUGUUGUUGGUGGAUAUUAUGCAGUUAUCAUUCCGGUUGUUUUUUUUUCAAGAUUUGAAGAUGAUAAAAAUGUCUCUGGACUAUUUGAGGAACUAUGGGAAGAAUAUACAAGUGGGGAACGAAUCACUCUCCACUUAUAUUUACAAGAAAUUGUUUCACUUAUUUGUGAGGGCAUGUCAUCAUCAUCAUGGGCAAGUAAAAGAAAAUCUGCACAGGCUAUAUGUAGGCUUAGUGAAGUUUUGGAUGAAUCUCUUUCUUCUCACCAUAAGGUUUUGCUUCAGUCUCUCAUGAAGGAAAUUCCUGGUCGCCUAUGGGAGGGUAAAGAGGUGCUAUUGCUAGCAGUAGGUGCUCUAUGAACAUCCUGCCAUAAAGCAAUUUUAGCUGAAGGUUCCUCCUCUUCCAUUGCCAUUCUGAAUUUGGUAUCAUCUGCAUGCACCAGAAAGGGGAAAAAGUAUCGUGAAGCAGCACUUUCCUCUCUUGAACAGGUUAUAAAAUCCUUGGCCAAUCCAGAGUUCUUUAAUAUGGUUUUUCCCUUGUUGUUUGAUCUAUGCAAUUCAGAGCCCCUAAAGUCUGGGCAAGCACCUUUGGUCAGUGAUCCCGCUGAAACAGAGUUGGACAGUGUUGAAGAGAUUUCUGUUCCACAUAACAAAAUUGUUGACUGUUUAACCUCUUGUAUCCAUGUGGCACAUAUAAAUGAUAUUCUUGAGAAACAAAAGAGCUUAAUGCACAUGUAUACCGCAUUCCUGUUGCCUGAACAUAAAUGGACUGUUAAAACUGCAGCCUUUUUAUCUAUCAAAGAACUUUGCUCAAGGCUCCACAGUGUUGUGAAAGACUCCCAGGGAAAUCACGAACUUGCUGGCGCAACUUCUUUUGUUCAGGAGAUAUUUCACUCUCUGUCACCAAAAAUACUGCAUUGCAUAAGCACAAUAAAAAUUGCACAGGUACGUCACUGUCUUGUUUGGUUGAACAUUAUUCAUGAGUUAGAUUUCCCAAUCCUAUAGAACUAGAAACCCCUGGGGUAAUCAGCACUUUUGGAAGUAAAUUUCAAUAGACAGCACUAUUAAUUUAUAAUGACAUGAGCUACAAGUGCAAUUUCAAUUGGGAAUCAUGAAUAUUUUCAUUGCAUUCAUUUAAAUAUUUUAUGAACGUAAUUUAUGAAAUGUUUACUGAAAUUUUUUCCAAAUUUUUUUUCUACUUGUAUGCAUCAUUUGUAUUCAAAACAUAUUUUGGAGAGGUGAGGGGUAUAAUUAUGGAAAGCACUAAAUAAUGUUUGUUAUAGUGAAUGAAAUUGCUCUGCUUUCACAUUUAUUGGGUUUGCUCAU